AUGUUUUCAUCAAGGCCAAGGCGUCAAGAAGGGAGCUUCUCGAAACACCGAGCAAGCAAGUCGAAGUCGCACAAGCGGAAUGCUUCGUUCGUGGAUUCGCCCCGAAAGGUCGAGAAGCUCGCACAGCAGGCCGCAGUCCCAUCUCCACAAUCGAAUCAGACAUCACCAACAAUCGGAAGUGCUAUCAUCACUCUCUCUGUCGGACACGAGCAACGACUCUUUGCAGCUCACGAAGACGUUCUUUGCCACUCGCCAUACUUUCAGUCCGCUUGUCGAGAUCAGUUCUUCUCUAGCAGCAACAAGCGUAUCGACUUACCCGACGAAGAUCCCGAAGUCUUCUCCUCGAUUCUCGAGUACCUUUACAAAGGCGACUACUAUCCACGACUGGAAUACGAUACCAAGAGGAAGAGCUGGAGCCUAGAAGAUGGCGGCAAUACCGGCGCCAAUGAAGCCGCUAUCCACACUGCCGUCGGACCGAUCCUAAAGGACACCGUCAUCUACUGCCAGGCCGAGAAGUACGGAUUGCAGGAGUUGAAGAAACUCGCCCUUCGAAAGCAGGGACUUCAGUCAGGCAUACAGUGCUCUACUAUUCUUACGUCGGCCCGGUUCGCGUAUGCCAAUACUCCUGACAGCGACUCGAAGCUACGAGCACACUACCUUGCACUGAUCAUCCGUGCACGACACACCUUCAAGCGUAGCGGAACCAUGCAGAAUGAGAUGGAGAACGGCGGCAAACUGUUCUUCGAUCUUUUCGUUGCAAUGGUCAAUCACAUGGACGACCUCGCGCAGAAGUCGCCUCGCUAA